UCUGAAUGGGGAAAUCUAGUGUUCACGGCGGACUAAGACGUCCUUUAUAAAGCUGAGACACCGUGCACCGACUCAUACUUCUCCUCAUCGUACACCAUGACUACCUCGCUAGACCAACUCAAACAGACCGGCACCAUCGUUGUGUCCGAUUCAGGAGAUUUCGAAUCUAUCGAUGCCUACAAGCCUCAGGAUGCCACGACGAACCCCUCCCUGAUCUUGGCCGCCGCCAACAAGCCCGCUUACGCUCGCCUUAUCGACGUGGCUGUCCAGUACGGCAAGAACAAAGGCGGCAGUCUCGAGAACCAGACCAACGCCGCUAUGGACCGCCUGCUCGUUGAGUUUGGUAAAGAGAUUCUCGCCAUCAUCCCGGGCAGGGUCUCCACGGAGGUUGACGCCCGCCUCUCGUUCGACAAAGAAGGCACCAAAGCAAAGGCAAAGGAACUCAUCGCUCUCUAUGAAUCACUCGGUAUCCGCAAAGAGAGGAUUUUGAUCAAGAUCGCUUCGACGUGGGAGGGUAUCCAGGCCGCCCGAGAACUCGAAAGGGAUGACGGUAUUCACUGUAACCUCACCCUCCUUUUCGGUUUCGGUCAGGCAGUCGCCUGCGCUGAAGCAGGCGUCACCCUCAUUUCACCCUUCGUGGGACGUAUCCUUGAUUGGUACAAGAAGGCAACCGGAAAGAAUUAUGAAGGGGACGAGGACCCUGGUGUGAAAUCGGUCAAGAAGAUCUUUAACUAUUACAAACAGCAUGGCUACAAGACCAUCGUCAUGGGUGCUAGCUUCCGUAACACCGGCGAAAUCAGAUCAUUGGCGGGGGUUGAUUUCCUAACCAUCUCCCCUGCAUUGUUGGAAGAACUCAAGAAGUCGACGGAUCCCGUUCCUAAGAGGCUUGAUGCCCAGGCUGCUGCUCAAGCCGAACCGUUGCCCAAGGUUUCGUUCAUCGAUAAUGAACCUGAAUUCCGCUGGGCACUCCUCCAGGAUCAGAUGGCGUUUGACAAGUUGCAUGAAGGAAUUAAGAAGUUUGCCGAGGACGGUGAGACACUCAAGAGCCUCCUGCGGAAGAAGCUGUCGGCUUAGAGCGGAGGACUAAUGCGACAGUAGUUAGAUCGCCCGUUGACCUCUGGUUUUGCAUUCCCACAAUAUGUGUACUGAAAUACUGUUUCUUAGAUGUGCGCUAGUAUGUUUUUAGAUUUUGCUGUAUGGAGCGUUAAGAGUCCCCUCGUUACUCGCCAGCCGAAAAAUCGAAUGCACAUCGCAAAGGGCAGAGCGACAACUGAAUCACAAAAGGGACGGAGUGGGCACUAAAUAACAUUGCUUUUUGUUAUUAAGCUCGUGGAUACAGAACAAACUACAAAUGGAAUUCUUUG